AUGUCCAGAGCCAGGGUGAUGUCAUUCCUGCGGGGCCUGACGCGCCGGAAGCCCCUGGAGCCUGAGGGGGAGGUGUCCAACUUCCGCCGCUGCCUCACAACGCUGGACCUGGUGGCACUGGGUGUUGGCAGCACCCUGGGGGCGGGCGUGUAUGUGCUCUCCGGGGAAGUUGCCAGGGUGGUCUCCGGCCCCAGCAUCAUCCUAUCUUUCUUCAUCGCUGCGCUGGCCUCCAUCUUUGCUGGGCUGUGCUAUGCGGAGUUCGGCGCCAGAGUCCCCAAGACUGGCUCCGCCUACCUGUACAGCUACGUGACUGUAGGGGAGGUGUGGGCCUUCAUAACCGGCUGGAAUUUACUGCUGUCCUACGUCAUAGGUACCUCGAGCGUGGCCAGGGCCUGGAGUGGCACGUUUGACGACCUUAUUGGAAACGUUAUUGCUGAUUCACUGGGCAAGCAUGCGGCAAUGGGUCUGCCUGGCCUGGCAGCCUACCCAGACUUCUUUGCAGCUGGUCUUAUCAUGCUGUUGGCUGGUAUCCUUGCUUUUGGAGUCAAAGAGUCUGCGACUGUCAAUAAGAUCUUCACCGCCAUUAACAUAGCAGUGCUGCUGUUUGUCAUCCUCUCUGGCUUUAUCAAAGGAGACCUUAACAACUGGUAUAUUAGUAUGGAGACCAUCAUGAACACUACCGCACAAAUACAAAACCAGUCCUUGGCAGCCAACGUGACAAGUAGCUAUGGGGUUGGUGGAUUCUUCCCCUUUGGGUUUGAGGGGACAGUGGCAGGAGCAGCAACCUGUUUCUAUGCUUUCGUUGGAUUCGACUGCAUUGCCACCACAGGCGAAGAGGUGACGAACCCCCAGAAGUCCAUCCCGCUGGGUAUUGUGGCCUCGCUGCUGAUCUGCUUCCUGGCCUACUUCGGGGUGUCUGCCGCCCUGACCCUGAUGAUGCCGUACUACAUGCUGAGCGUCCAGAGCCCCCUCCCCGUGGCCUUCACCUACAUCGGCUGGGCUGCUGCCAAGUACGUGGUCGCCGUGGGAUCUCUGUGUGCCCUCUCCACCAGCCUCCUAGGGUCCAUGUUCCCUAUGCCCCGCGUACUGUUUGCCAUGGCAAGGGAUGGUCUCCUUUUCAAGUCCCUGAGCCAGGUCAGCGAUCGCCAGAGUCCUGUCGUGGCCACACUCUCGUCAGGCGCCGUGGCAGCAAUCAUGGCCCUUUUGUUUGACCUGAAAGCACUGGUUGAUAUGAUGUCGAUUGGAACACUCUUCGCCUACACUCUUGUGGCAGUGUGUAUUCUCAUACUUAGGUAUCAAGACGAUUCCGCUAAAGACUCCAAUAAUAUCCACAAGCCUGAAACUAACACAAAGCUGGGAUUUCUGAACCCUCCUUCACACCCAACAGCUGAGACUGCUAAAAAUGUCUCAACUUGUACAGUUUUCCUAAUUAUUUUGCUUAUCAUCUUAAGCAUCUUUCUGAGCAAGGGUAUCCAAUCCCUGCUAAACAAGGAAGUGUGGAGCCUACUCUGUGUCUCUGUCAUUCUACUCAUUCUGGUUCUUACCGUCAUCAUCAUCUGGAGACAGCCUCAGAGUCCAACCAAAGCAGCGUUCAUGGUGCCCUUUCUGCCAGUACUCCCAGUGGUCAGUGUUUUUGUCAACAUUUACCUCAUGGUUCAGCUGGGGACUGACACGUGGGUGCGCUACGCAGUCUGGAUGGCAGUGGGGAUGCUCAUAUACUUCGGUUAUGGUGUUCGGCACAGUGUUCAGAAGCAGCGGCUCCUUAAUGCAAACAACCAGGUUAGCAUCCAAACCAUCGGAACCAAAGCGGAGGAGGACGGGGCCAAAGGAGACGGCUCCUGA